AUGGUCUUUUGGUUGUUUGGCCCUCAAGGAGGCCUAGCCACUCCUCUGUCAACCCAUGUGGAAGGGAAGCCUGUUCUUUUUGCAAAUGACCUUGAUAUCCACAAGAAUGGCUCAAUCUUCUUCACUGGUAUCCAGCAAGAGAUCAACAGAGCGAACCAUUUCUUUAUACUAUUGGAAGCAGAAUCCACUGGUAGGCUUAUGAGAUAUGAUCCUCCCACUAAGACAACUCAAAUUGUCUUGGAAGGUUUGGCUUUUCCAAAUGGGUUGCAGCUUUCUAAGGAUCAAACCUUCCUUCUCUUUACUGAGACCACCAACUGCAGGGUAAUGAAAUAUUGGCUAGAGGGUCCUAAAAAUGGGACAGUGGAACUUGUUGCUGAUCUUCCAGGUUUUCCAGACAACAUAAGAAUAAACGAGAAAGGCCAAUUCUGGGUUGCCAUAGAUUGUUGCAGGACCCCGGAGUGUCUACUUUCGCUUGCUGAUCCGAAUGACCUACUUAGCGCGAUUUAUGGGGAUGAAGAUGUACACAUUGAUCUCCCUCUUCAAUGA